UUAUUGUUAAGUUCAAAUUCCCAUUCAUGCUGUGUGAGCGGGAGGGAUCGUGACAUGCUUGAGAGGAGUCAAGACAUCGCUUUGCAAGUGAUUACGCAUCCGGUCAAGGGGGCGAUAGGCGGUACCGUUCAGCUUUAUUACCUUCUCAUGCGUCGAAUUAUCGUACGGAGGACACAAAACAGCAAAACAGCACCUUGCAGUCUCAUUCACAAGAAUCAGCCGAAGGCGACUAACUAGCUAGCAGUGGAGAACAAAGCAAAAAGAAAGGGAGAAUGAAAGUUGAAAUAGCUUCUUUCCUUGUGUUGUUGUUGGUGGUGCUCGCCUCAGCGAGAACUUGGGACAGGUUGUUCAGAUUUUACGACCAAGGCGAUAUAUCUCAAUGUGAACGUGAAGGCGAAGAUUAUUGCGAGUGUGAAAAAUACUUCGAGGGAAUUGAAGGACAGGGUUGCUCGGAAGGUCGUCACAAUUGCGAUGAUUCUCGAACCUGUAACAUGAACCACCAAUGGCAUGCCUGCUGCUUGGACGAGGAAGAAGCUGAAUCGGAGAGAGAUGAGCCAUCGAAAAUUGAAUCUGAAGUAAAAAAUAAUGAGGAAAAUAAAUUUGAAGAUUCAGCAGCCGAUAUAUCUCAAUGUGAAAACGACGAAGAGUGCAAGUGUGAAAAAUACCUCGAGGGAAUUCCAGGAGAGGGUUGUUCGGAAGGUCGCCACAAUUGCGAUGACUCUCGAUCCUGUUACAUGAACCACCCAUGGCAUGCCUGUUGUUUGGAUUAGGAAAGAGAGGAUCAAGUGCCGAAUGAUAGCAUAUUCGUAAACACCCUUUAAAGGUCUAAAAUAAAAGAAGAAAUAAAAACUGGACAUCAGCAGUGUUUCUCGCAUAUCAUAAUAUGCAUGGGUACUAUUACUACUAGUUUUCAUUGACUCUAAAAUACAUGUGCUUUUUUCAAUUGUGGUUAAA